AUUAAUUCGGCCCGAGAUUUGUUAACCCGAUUCCGCUCUGGUUUGCUCGAAGGCCUAAUCCCCCCCUUCCCGUGUAUUUCGUUCUCCAGUAGCAGCAAUCUCUUGCCUGCUUUCUGCUUUCAGACACCAGAAAUAUCAAAUCCUCCGUUCUGACCUGCUUCACCUGUAAAAUACCAGGUGCAGUAUAAAAGUGUCCGAAGAAUAAGAUCAGUGUUGAGGUUGAAUAAUCUGCAGUUGAACCCCAUAAGAUUAAGAUGUCUGCAACAACUACUUCAUCUGGUGCAUCAACACUUGGUACUAAGGUCUCUAUAUUUGCGGCAAAGUCUGGAUUUGUCAUACCAAAAAACAAACUCUCUGGUUCAUUGGUUCCCAUCUUCAGAGGAGGUAAAAAGUCAGGAGGCAAUGAAAUAGCCAAUGAAGACAAUACCAACCAGGUGCUGAGGAAAACAAAAUGGGGCCCUGAUCCAACUCAGGAUGCUGCUGUUAAAAGGGGAAGAGCAUUAGCUUAUCAGACUCGAGUGGAUCAAAUUACACAACAGCUGAGGUCAGGAAUUCUAGAUCCUGGGGAAACUGAAGACUCGGAAGUACUUGAUCAGCAUGUGGAAUCCAAGUCAUCCAGUUCAUCAUUUGACACAAAGGACUUAGAACUUUUGAAACUUGAAAGGCAGGAGGCUAUAGGUGAAAUACUCAAACUCAAUCCAUGCUACAAGCCUCCACCUGAUUAUGUACCUUUGCUGAAAGAGGCUACUGUUCCUAUUCCUGUCAAAGACCAUCCUGGAUACAAUUUUGUUGGUCUAAUAUUUGGGCCAGGAGGUGAGACGCAGAAGCGACUAGAAAAGGAGACUGGAGCCAAAAUACAAUUAUAUGGUAGCAAAGCUAAUACAGGAGAGAAGGUUGAGCUUUCUCUGUCUGAUGAGUAUGAGACCCAUGUUGCUUCUUAUGAUGAGCUGAAUGUCCAUAUAUCUGCUGACACAUGUGAAAAAGUCGAUGGAGCAGUUUCCCUAAUUGAAAUGCUAGUUACUUCAGUAUCAGGGAAUCUAGUGUCUGGGAAUAAUGCAAAUGCUCUCAGUCAUGAGGCUUCGAGUCCUUCUGUAGUCCUCACUGGUGACCAGGGAGUGCCUCAAUCUGUGGUUGGACCUACUCAAAUUUCCCAACAAGGUCAGUUUCAGUACCAAGGUCCACAGUUCCCAGCAGCAAUCUCAGCUCAGGCUCUGGGACAUCCUCCUCCAGCCUUCACUCCGCUCCAGAAUUCUUCUGCUCCAAUUCAUAUAAAUCUGCUACCUGUAUACUCGUCACCUAUGAAUCCUACAACCAUGCCGUCAUUGUUUGGCCCUCGACCAAUUCCAGCAUCCGGGUUCAAUUCAAUUCUCCAAAAUGCAUCUCUUGUUUCUUCCAGGCCACAACUGCCAUUGCAAGUUUCGUCGCAUCCAUAUCCACCAAGAAAUUUUCCCAUGCCAGCUCCUCAGCCUUCAGCUGCUCAAUCUAACGUUUUCACUUCACUUCCAUUUUCUGGUAACCAACCCCUGCCGCCACUACAAUCUCCAAUCGCUAGACAAUUAGUGCCUUCAUUAAGUGUUCCACUAGGACCACAAUCCGACAGGCCAUCGACCCCUAUCGGAAGCUCUUCUGGGUGGUCUACAGCUCCUGCUGGUGCUCCAGCAUCUUUGGGUCAGGGUAACAUGGGGCAAAUGGUUUCUUUACAGGUGCCUCGACCUGUGGUUCCACAUCCGAGUUUUCUGCCCUCAAAUAUGCCAUCUGCUCCUACUAUAAAUGUUCAUAUGAAUCAUCCCACUGGAGCCUCAAAUUUUGCUAGUGUUCUGCCACCUCAAGUUGGUUCAACUGCACCUUUCCAGUCUUCUCCAGCAGUCAUGGCUGGAACCCUUGUACCUCAUGCAUCAAUAAACCCUGUAUCUGGAAACACAGCAAUUUCUUCUCCAGUGACAUCCAUGCUACAACCAACUCCUAGUCCUGUAAGACCAUCGACAAUAACAGCUCCAAGACCACUGCACUCGGGCCCCAUUGAUUUUACCUUUCAACCUCAUCCAGAGAAUCCAACAGCUCAAUCAGUUCCCAGGCCAAUCAAUCGGCCUAUGACUCAAGAUCCUCCACUUGCUAGAUCAUUGAUGCAACCACCAUCACCUCAAGCACCGUCAUUGAGGUUGACUAUGCCCAAUUCAAUUCCUUCACCCGGUAUGCAUUUGUUUCCAAGGUCACAGUUGGGCAAUCAGAUGGGUCAAACUCCGGUUCACAUGUCUGCUAAUCCCUUCGCUGGAAACUCUGCUAGUACCUCAGUUUCCCCUAGAGUCCCAACAUUUUCAAAUGCCAGUCCAAUCAUGUUGCCACCUCGAAAUUUCAAUCCAACCCAACAGUUACCCGAUUUAGCCGGCCCUUUUCCUCCCAGGCCUGGGAAUCCCCUUCAAAUUCGGCAAAAUUUUCCAGCUCCAAUAACUCCACGAGCCAAUUUCAUGGCACCAAGUCAACAGUCCAGUAAAAAUCUGCAUUUUGCAUCGGGUCCUGCAGGGCAGCAGCAAAUUUAUGAUCCGUUCUCGCCCACUUCCGUUCCUAUUAUGCAUCAACAGCAAGGAGGUAAUGUGAUAAAGGGAAGAAAACAAGAGCCUGAUCCUGAGUACGAAGAUUUGAUGGCUUCUGUUGGUGUAAAAUAAUUCUCUUUAGAAUGAACUGGCUCACAGCACAAAAUUUUUACUUGGUCACAGAUAACUGUCCUGUUUCUUUCUGAAAUAUAACUUUUGAUGAGAAAAUGUUGUUUCUGUUCACUAUUCAUUAUCAUUGCAUAUAUGUUGAUAGCUAUGUUGCUUCUAAAGAGGAGCUAAAUGGAUAGUUCCUUCCCGAUUUUCUAGUCGGUCAUGAUUUGGGCUGGUCGAGAUGACCAAAUCAUGAUACUGUAGGUUGGGACACUUUCUGGAAUGAAGCUACGUAUCUACUGAUGUUUUUUAUACC